UCCCAGCCCCGCUGCCGCCGCUUCCUCCGGGAGCCGCCGCCGGGGGAAGCGGCGGGGAGGGGUCCCGAGGGCUUCUCCUCCUCUCGCCGGGUUAUUUUUUUCCGGUGUUUGCUCCAGCGGGGGAGGUGGGAAGAGCCAAAGGCGGCGGUGCCCCCUUCCCGCCCCCCCAUGGGAAGCAAAAGUUUUCCUCCUCCUCCUCCUCAUCCUCAUCCUCCUCCUCCUCCUGCUGCUGCUCGGUGCCCUCAGGAUGCGGCAGCUCCGCUCGGAACCCGAUGUCCCGAUGGAAUAGAGAUCCUCCGCCACCGCAUCCUCCGGGGGCACCGGCGAGAUAAGAACCGAAAAUAACCGGAUGCUUUAGCGAGGCAGCGCCGCAUCCCCGCCAUGGGCACCGGGAUGUGCUCCCGGCGGCAGAAGGGUUUGCUGCAGACCGCCCUGUGCCUGCUCACCCUGGCCUGCCUGGCCUCCGGACUGUUCCUCUACCACCACCUCGAGCAGAAGGUGCGGAACGCCGAGGCGCUGGCGCAGAAAUACAAACAGCAGCAGGAAGCGCUGUCAGCGCAGCUCCAAGUGGUGUACGAGCACCGGUCCCGGCUGGAGCGCUCCCUGCAGAAGGAGCGAGGGGAGCACAAGAAGACAAAGGAAGAUUUUUUGGUGUACAAGUUAGAAGCUCAGGAAGCUCUCAACAAGGAGAAGCAAGACUCCAUGAACAGAUAUGGGGCCCUCAGCUCCCAGCACAAGAUCCUGAAGAACCAGCACGAUGAUGUCAAGAAGCAGCUGCUGGACCUGCAGCUGCAGCACAACAGCCUGAAACUGGAGCACAGGAAGAGCCUGGAGAGCCAGAGCCUGAAAUUCAGCCAGCUGCAGCAGCAGAGGGACAGCGAGGUCACCAACCUGCAGGACACAGUGUUCAAACUGAGAGAAGAGAGCAAGCUCCUGAGGAAAGCUCACCAGGAGGUUCAUUCCCAGCUCCUCAAUGCCCAGGCCCAGAUGGAAGAGUUCAGGCAGCUCAAGGAAGCUCUCCAGAAGAUGCCAGGCUUGAGAGGAGGAGGAGGAGGAGGAGGAGGGAAGGGGCAGCAGCCCCUGGUGCCAGCCAGCAGCCAGCUGCAGCCAGGGAGGCACAAGGCUCUCCCUCCCGCGCUGCCCUCUGCGGUGCCCGGCGCUCAGCUCCUGCCAGGCCAGGGCUCCUCCAUCCACGCCGACCCCAGGGCACAGCCCCAGGUGCCCUCCAGCCACGGCUCCUCCAUCCAUGCUGACCCCAGGGCACAGCCCCAGGUGCCCUCCAGCCCGGCAGCCCCAGCCCAGGAUGGAAAUUCCCUGCCAGAGGCUGUGCCAGCCUGGCCAGCCGGGCACGGCCACGUGGCCAGGUUCACCCGCACCAUGAACAGCCUGCCCCAGACAGAUGUGAAGAUGCUGAUGCACAUCCAGGUGCGAAGCCACGAGGAAAGCCAAGCUCCUGGGCUGUCCCUGGCUGAUCCAGCACAGCCCUCUCCAGCAGGAAAACCUGCAGUGCCAGCCCCCCAGCCCUCAGCAGGGACCAGCCAGGUGCAAAUGCAAAGCUGGAAGGAGCUGGUGAGCAAGGUGAACGCCCGGAUGGAUGCAGAAGAAGCUCGGGGACACCCCAGGAAGCUCCAGCUGGGCCCCAGGGGCAGCCCCCAAACCCCCAGCCCCAGGAGAGGGGAGCAGGCAGCAGGGAGGGCCAGGGAGGACGAGGAGGAGCUGGAGAUGGAUGCAGGAGUGAUCGCCAGGGAGCACAACUCUCACUCCCAGAAGGAGCCCGUGCUGCAGGAGCCCAUGAUGCCAGAUGAUGCUGCAGAUCCUGCCCAGGACCCCAAUAACCAAGGGGAGGAUGAGUUUGAGGAGGCUGAGCUGGAGAGACCUGACUUUGAGGAGAAGGUGGGAGGCUCAGACAAGUUCAAGGAGGCCAGGGUUAAAGAAGAGCCAAAGGAGAAGCCACCAAAGGAUGCUGCCAGACCUGCCAAGCCCAGGGAAGAUCCACUGGAGGAUUACCAAGAAGAUCAGGAGCAGGAAAUUGUACGACACCAAGGAGGAUCAUGGAGGGGAGGUGGAUGACAACGAUGACCUGGAGCUUGUCAAGGAGCGUGCAGGGACGAGGGGAGGCAGGAAGGAUGAUUACUUCUGAGAGCUGCUGGAGGAAAAUGGGACACUCCAGAAGGAGGGGAUGGGAGCUCCUCCUGAGAACUGCCUCCCCAAUUCAAGCCUGCCCAGAACAAAGGCAGGAGGAGGGAGCUCUGUGCAGGCCCUGGUUUGCAGAGCAGAAUUCCAUCUGGGUGUGGGGCCACUGCUGCCCCCAGGCACUGGGAGAUCUCAGACUGGGAAUGAUUUUAUCCUGCUGCUUUUCUUGGAAGCACUUUCUGAUUUCCUGUGUUCUUCACCCUCUUGUUUUUCACAUCCCCUUUCAAAGCUGGAGAGGGGUUUUUUGGUUGGUUUUGGGGGGUUUUUUUUACCCCCCCCGGGUGCCUGAGCUGGUCCCUGGACUCACUCGACUGAUCUCUAAUACAAAGGAAUAAUUCAUAAAUCGUUUUGCUCAGUAAUGUUUCUUUAACACACCCUCUGCUCUCCUCUGAGCAGGGUGGGGAGGGAAGCAGAGGAAAUUUCCUGUUCUUUGUCUGGAGCUGUGCAAGAGCACCAACCACAGCCAGCAGUGUGUGUGGGGGUGUGAGCACUGCAUCCCCUCCAGGGGCUUGGAGCAGAUCCCUGCAGAGUUCUCCUUGCCUUGGCUUUGAGCUGGGACAGUGUGACACUCCUGCUGGGCUCAGAGUGUCCCUGUGCAUCUUCCUGACCUUGCUGCUGGAGGUGAGGGCUGGCCUGAGCUGAGACAUCUUCCUGAUGGAAGCAGGAAAAAGGAAAUAAGGAAUAUUUGCAGCUCAACUAAUGCACUUCCAACCUGUUUGGCUUCUUUCCAGUCUCCCAACAUUGGAGCUAAGGUAAAUUCUGCUUCUUCCAGGCAGGUUUGAAUCAGCCAGCUGGGUAUUGUUGAUGCAGUGAAUUGAAUCCUGUGGUACUUUACUUGGCCUCCAAAAGACACCUGACCUCAGGGACAGAGAAGGAACAGUCAGCAGAAAUCCUUGGAAUUUAAAAUGAAAGGAGAAAGGGCUAAAUCAUGAUAUCUCAGAGCCCAGAACAGGGCAGAGCUGUGCCCCUCCCUGCCCUGUGCCUGAGCUGUCUCCUGCCUCCUCAUCACCACUGGAAAUCCCAGACUCUGGCACCUCAAUCACCAAACUCAGCUCAAUGUCAUCACCUGGUAAAAAAUCAGAGGAUCUUUGUUCUCCAUUUGAAUGAGUCAAGCUCUUUUUAUUCCUUGUUUGUGGCAUAUUUUGCAAACACUUUUAGACACUGGGAGAAAUGAUAUUUAUUUCCCAACAAGCUCAGCCUUUUCCAUUCUGACAGAAUUGAUUAUUUUUUCUUCCACUGGUUGUAAUGGAGCUGAAGUUUACAUUUCAUAGGAAUUUUGGGUUCUUUUGUUUUGAUUCUGCUUGUGUUUCUUCCCAGUACAAUCAGCUGUGCAAGUCCAGCUCUGGGGUAGAGUGCAGCAGAAUAAGGAAAAGAACAAUUUAAAGAAAUUAUCUUUUAACCAAGUGCCAGAGCUGCUCAUGGAGCCCAGUAAGGAGCUGACAACAAAACUCUGGUGGGGUUUAAGAAAUCCAAAAUGCCCUGAGAUGGUUAAAGCUGCUUUCUCCUGCUGAGAUGCUCCCCUAUGAACAGCACACUGCCAGCACAUCAGCUGAGGCUGCUUCAGAGCAUCCUGACCCAAACUGCCUCCAGUUCCAGGUCAGAGCAGCAUCCCUGAGCAGCCAGAGCCAAAAUUCUGAGCUCAGCACAGCCCUCCCUGCCUGCUCCACUCCCUGCUGCUCUCCCCAGGUUCUCCCCUCCCUGCAAAUGGAAUCAAGCACUGCAAAGAGAAGCCCAGUGGGGGUGAGGCUGCUCACUGAUUCAGGCUGCAGGAUAAUCUAAAUUAGGAGGCAGAUUCUCUGUGUGUGCAUGGCUAGGGUGAGUAAUCCUCAAAGUUAUGGCUUGGAGGGAGCUGCAGCAGCUCAGGCCUGAAUGCAGAGCUUGGAGGAUGCUUUAGGAACCAUAUGUCAUGUGCUGCCCUCAGCUGAGAGCAAACAUCCCUGCCUGGGGAUUGUCUGCCCUGGCCAUAGCUGAGACUAAAAUUAGCAGAGUGUUGCAUAAAUUGUGAGCUGGAGGUUGUCAGUGCUUCACUGCCUGGCCCACAGCGAGGUUUCAUUCUCAUUCACUGUUUCCUCUAAGAAGAAACAACAAACCCAGAAAAGCCAAAGCCUGUGGUGCUGGCUCUGUCUGGAGGGCUGUAAAGCAAUCUGGGGUGCUGCUGGCUUGGAGAUGCUGCUGGGGCUUCACAGAUCACAGCAGAAUGCAGAAUCCACACCAUGAAAAGCCCAGGCUGGGUUUUGCUGCAGACUGAGGCACACAACAAGGUCUCAGGAACCAGAUGGAUUGCUAAGAGAGCAAACAAUGACACAAAAGAUUCCCAGGGAGCCAGCACGGGCAGGCUGACCAAGCCAAAGCACGAGGGGCUGCUUGGCUGUGACAUAAAUAAUUCAGUUUUUGCUCAGACACAGUGCAAGGCCAAAAAAAAAAGUGCAGAAAUGUAGUUAACCUGUGGUGUUAUAAAUUUUUUGAUGGGUUCUGUGCCAAUUUUCCCUCCCUGCCCCACACUCCAGAGCCUUGGAUCUCCCACCAGAACUCAGAGUUGUUCAUCACAGGGGUUGGUGCCAGAUUUCUUCCCUGGACAUGGAAAUAACGACAGCUCUGGACAACAAGCUGCUCUUCAGCGCUGUCAGGAGAAGGACACAAAGGUUGAAGGAGGAAAAACUUGCUUGCUUUGGCUCCAGCCACUUCCUGAACAUGCUCACAUUUCUCAGGAAGGGCCCUCAGCUCUCCAGUUUUUGCAUCCUGGCUGGAAUUCCACAGGUGGAUUUGCCAAGAAGUGCCUUGAGCAGCACAGCACCUCUUCUGCUCCAAUAUCUGAGUGUUUUCCAAGCCAUAACUGCACCUUCAGCAUCCUCUUCUAGGCUGAUCCUAUUUUUAAAUUGAAUUCCAUUGAUAUCUGAGUGUUUUCCAAGCCAUAACUGCACCUUCAGCAUCCUCUUCUAUGCUGAUCCUAUUUUUAAAUUGAAUUCCAUUGAUAUCUGAGUGUUUCCCAAGCCAUAACUGCACCUUCAGCAUCCUCUUCUAGGCUGAUCCUAUUUUUAAAUUGAAUUCCAUUGAUAUCUGAGUGUUUCCCAAGCCAUGACUGCACCUUCAGCAUCCUUUUCUAUGCUGAUCCUAUUUUUUAAUUGAAUUCCAUUGAUCCCUCUUAAUAUCAAAAGAGAUUCCUGGCAACUUUUCCAUAGGGUACCAGACACCCCCAUUAAAUCUGGUGAAAAAUUUCCACAUUUCCAGAUGUGGAAAUAACUUACAAUACUUGAUAUUGGUAAAUUAAAGAUUUCCUUAGGAACCAUACACUUGGAAAAUUCAGUCUUUCCACCAGGAAAAUGUGCCAGACCAUUCAUGUUCAAUGCAUCAGAAAACAAAAUUAUUUAAAACAAAUUCCACACUGCUGUGAAUGACACUGUGUAUAUGCAAGCAUCACCCUGCAGGUAUGAUUUGGGUUUGGUUUUGCUCAGGCUGUGAAAUAAAAAGUUGUAUUUUCAA